GCCUUCCUCUUCAAAGUCCGGAAGCCCCGCCCCAUCCGGUCUGCGCGGGGGGGGGGAGGAGGAGGAGGAGGCGGCGGCGCGGGACGGAGGCUGUCGGGGAUGCUUCCGGUCGGGGCUGCCGCGCCGAAGAGGGCAGCCGCAGCGGCUUGACUUCGCGGCCAGACUGCAGACAGCAGUUAUGCUAACUCUGGCAAGCAAACUAAAGCGGGAUGAUGGUGUCAAGGGGCCCCAUGCGUCGAACUCGGCUUCUGAUUCAACUCGGAGAGUGUCAGUUAGAGAUAAAUUGCUCAUUAAAGAAGUUGCAGAACUUGAAGUAAAUUUACCUUGUACAUGUAAAGUGAGCUUUUCUGACCCAAAUAAACUCCAUCAUUUUCAUCUUACUGUAAGCCCAGAUGAAGGUUAUUAUCAAAGUGGAAAAUUUCAAUUUGAAAUUGAAGUUCCAGAUGCCUAUAAUAUGGUGAUGUUCUUCCUUCUUGGCAGACGGCCUGUGAAGCAAGUAGGCGAGGUGGAGACAGACUGUAGAACAGUUACAGUUUGCUUCUCCUACUGCCUUCCUUCAGCUUGCUGCUUUCUUUCAAAGCCUCCCAAAGUAAAAUGCUUGACUAGAAUCUGGCAUCCAAACAUCACUGAGACGGGGGAAAUCUGCUUAAGUUUAUUAAGAGAACAUUCGAUUGAUGGUACUGGCUGGGCUCCAACUAGAACUUUACAGGAUGUUGUUUGGGGACUAAACUCCUUAUUUACUGAUCUCUUGAAUUUUGAUGAUCCUUUGAAUAUUGAAGCUGCAGAACAUCAUUUGCGUGACAAGAAAUCGAAAAUGUUUUUUUUCUAGGGGGACUUCCGAAAUAAAGUUGAAGAUUACAUUAAUCACUAUGCAAGAUGAUGAAGAGAAAUAGCAACAUAUCAUAUUGUUGACUGUAACUUGACUGAAAACAACACAAAGCCUGGAAUGUCCGUGUCUUUUGCCCCUGUUGUUCCAAGAAGAAAACCAGCUUCAUGUAAAAUGGAGAGUACACUUGUCAGUCCAGCAAGGAAAUUGUAUGUGUUGAUUGAAGAAAUGUGUUUGCUUUGCUUUAUAAUUUCUUCUCUGAAAAUAUACUGUAUAUCCAAAAUUGAGAUAUGCUUCAAAAGCUAAAAGAGAAAAAGCUAUUAAGGUUGUAUUCAUACUAUUUAAAAAACUUUUCUAUGACUAGUAGGAAGGAAUGGUAUGCAACUGGAACUUGUGAAAGUUGGCAGGUAAAAAAGUAGGUUUUGUUAACAUAAACAGUUGCCUUCAUAAAACUGAAAUAGUUGGAACUCAUAUUGCCCAGAACAUAUAAGACUAGUUAUACCUAUUGUGGAAAUUUGUAUACUUCAUUUACAUUUUUACAGUUGCUGCUAUCAUUUCAUCUUAGGGGCUAUACUGUUUUUAUUUUACAUUCAUUAGCAAAACCAAGAACUGUAUAAAUGCAAUGGUGAAAAAAAAUCCAAUGUUUUACAUGCUAUCACAAUGAAAGGGAAAGUUUUGUUUUCUUUUUACAUAAUAAUGUUUUAAUUUUUACAUUCUGUUAGGGAGACUUGAUAUAUAAGGUAAAAUGAAAUUUAGUAACAUGGAGUAAUUCCAGGACCCAGUAUUCCAGGACCUAGUCCAUGAGAUGCAAAUUUUCAGUUUCAUUCAGUUUUGGAUGCGAAACCUUUUGUGGUAAAGGCACUGUGGAUGCAAAAUACUUUUAAAACAGAAAGACUGUAUAUGAGAUCACAAAAUCCCUUUUGAACAGAGGAGGCAUGUACCUCAGGAACUUAUUGAAAACAUGUUCCAUGUAUUCUUGUUACUUUAGUUGUUCCUGAUAUAUACGAGUCAAAACUGAUUCUCUGUAUUUUGAUACUGUUAACUGGCCUGGGAUUUAGAGAAGAAAAAUGCAAGCGCCAUCGUUACUUAAAUAAUUUAAUUCUGGGAUUUAUAUAGAGAAGUAAAAUGUAUCUGGUUUACAACAAUAAAUUGCUAUCAAAGCCAGAAAGAAA